AUGACCUCCAAGCCCUACGCAAUCAUUGCAGGAGUUGGUGCCGGGACCGGCGCUGCGGUCGCGCGGCGCUUCGCCAAGCAGUAUCCCGUGGCGCUGCUCGCCCGGUCGCCGGACUUCUCCCACAAGCUGGCUGCCGAGAUCGAGGCCGAAGGCGGCACGGCCGUGAGCUACAAGGUCGACGUCGCCAACGAAGAGGACAUGGAGCGGGUAUUUGGCGAAAUCAAGGACCAUUUUGGAUCGACCUGUGCCGCCGCCGUCUUCAACGCGAGCAGCCGUCCAUUCCCGAAGCCGUUCCUGUGGCAGACGCAGGGCGACAUGGAUCACGCCCUCAACAUCACGCUGCAUGGGGCAUAUCUCUUUGCGAAGCUGACGCUUCCGCUCCUCCUCAACGCCAAGGGAGAAGAAGCCCUGGUGCCGACGCUGCUAUACACGGGCGCGACGGCGGGUGUCAAGGCCAACGCGUGGCUGCAGCCCUUCGCCGUGUCCAAGCACGCGCUGAGGGCGCUGGUGCUGGCGCUAGCGGACGAGUUUGCGCCGCAGGGUGUGCAUGUUGCGCAUGCUAUCAUUGACGGCGUGAUUAGGAUGCCUCUGACGUGGGUGCUGAAGCCGCUUUCCUCGUGGCAUGCGAAGCUGGACCCCACUGCCAUCGCAGACAGCUAUUGGCAUUUGCAUCAACAGCCGCUAGCUCACAGCACCGCGGAGAUUGCCUUGAGGCCCUUUUGCGAGACGUGGUAG